GGCCGCCGAACCGAGGCAGAGAGAUUGAUUAUAGGCUUAUGGAUAUCGUUCGCUUCGCUGCUGGUAAUGUUGGCCGCUAUGUGCAUCUAAUCCUUCAUGCUUUGUGACCUAAACUCAGAUCAUCCAUUCAUUUUCGACAUAUUUUGUAAAUCAUCUGCCAAAAUGGAGACCUCAGCAACAGAGCUGAGCCAGUACACCAUAUCAAACAUUCAGGAUUGUGAAAGGGAACAUGGCACAACAGUAGUUAUUUCACCAAAUGAAAUCAUCAUGAAGGUGGAAACAGAUGAUAAGAUUAUACAGCAGUGUUUGGAGAUCAAUGGUCUAGAAAAUGACGAGGAUGAGGAGGAUGACCUGGUUGGAGUAAAAGAUUGUGAUGAGAAUGAGUUUAGUAAUGAGGAAAAUGUGGUGGAAGAUUCUGAAACCAGAAAAGUGCUUAGAAGAAAAAAGAGUAAAAGACCAAGGAAAAAGUACGAAAAAAUUCAACGACUAAGUAGAAUUUAUACUUGUGUUGACUGUCCUGAAACAUUCUCUCGUCUCAGCCAGCUACGUGCUCAUUCCAGAAUUCAUACUGAGGACCAAACAGAGAAAUAUGAGUGUGAUUUAUGUGAAGAAGUCUUUGAUAGAUUAAAACGCCUUAUGUCUCAUCGGAAGAAACACCAUCGGGCAAGCCUUUCUUGUAAGAUGUGCUCCAGUAAGUUUACUCAUUACGCUAGUUAUAGAAUUCAUAUGAGGGUUCAUAAGGGAGAAAAGCCAUAUGUGUGUCAGGAAUGUGGUGCAGCUUUUGUGCAGAGUGGUCACCUUAAUAUACAUAAGCGAACCCACACAGGUGAAAAACCAUACACGUGUGAUAUUUGUAAUAGUAAUUUUAAGCAAAUUUCUCACUUAAAGACCCACGUUAGAACACACACUCAGGAUAAACCUUAUCGAUGCGAAGAGUGUGAAGCUUCUUUUACCCAGAACAGUAGUUUGAAAAGACACAGACGUUCUCACUCAGGAGAGAAACCCUAUAAAUGUGCAUUCUGUGAUAUGACAUUUGUAGUUAAAAGCAAUAUGCAAAGACAUCUUUACACUCAUACUGGUGAGAAACCAUACCAGUGUGACCUAUGUCCAGCCUCCUUUGGACAAGCUAUAGAUCUAAAGAGACACAAAAUUAGUCAUACUGGUAUUAAACCUUUCAAGUGCGAUCAGUGCGAUGCAGCUUUCAGUCGCAAGAACAAUCUGAAGUGGCAUCAGAUGACUCACAAUGGCAAUACUCCAUUCAGGUGUGAGAUUUGUCAAGUUGGGUUUUCUUCUUCUGGAGAUUUGAAGGUUCAUAAACGAAUUCAUGCUCCUCCUAAACCUUUCCGUUGCGAUUCUUGUCCAGCAUCGUUUCAGCAGUAUAGUUCCCUUACACGUCAUAAGAUGAUCCACACAGGUGAGCGACCAUUACGCAAGAAGCCAGAAAGCAAACCUGGAUCAUUUAAGGAGACAGGAAUCAAGCCAUAUGCAUGUGAGAUUUGUAAUGCAACAUUUUGUGAGAAAAGAAAUCUGAAGAGACACAUCAUUUCUCUCCAUGAUGAUGUAAGAAAAAUUAUGGGUGGGGGACCUCUUGAUGCAGAUGUAAAGGAUGAUGGAAUCAUUGAGAAGUUUAUCAAAUUGCAACAUCCUGCACAAGUAAAGAAGAAGGUACCCGAACAAGUCACUUACACAAUCAAUUAUCAGAAUCCUGUUGUUAUUACUCAACCUCAGCAGCAAUUAGUACAACCACAACAGAUAGAGGGGACAGCACAAGAACUUCAACAAGGUAUCACCUUGCAGCAUGUUGUCAUACAACAGCCUUUAACAGCAGAAGAAACAGUAGCAGCAGCUCCUCAGACUAUAACACAGAUGCCUCAGUUAAUGCUUGCCCAAGGUCCUGGACAGGCUCCAAAGCCAGGUAAGCCAGCAAACAAUUGUCAGAAUCACCAUGCGCAUGUUCUUACAUUUAUUGAAGGUAGCUACAACCAGUGGCAGACAUGGUGUUUUUGUGACCCUCCAAAUAUAGUGGAUCAACCUAGUCAAAUUAUAAGCACCGUCCCAACGGCAAGUGCCAUCAUAACCGCACCCCCAUCCACAGUCAUCCCUCCUGAUGCUAAUGCUACAGCCUCAGUCGCUUCAGCUGUUGCAGUAACUUCCGUCACAAAUUCUUCCUGCACAACUGUAGAGCAAAUUGAAGGGCAAUUAAUGCCAGCACAAAUACAGGUUCAGCUCCCUGUCGGUGCAACCCAAACCACUGGGGUCAUUAGAGAAGAUGUCUUAAGGGGGUGGUUAGGAGGGUGGAAUAAAUGUUAACUUAAAUAAUAAAUAUAGCCAUUCUUAUGAUAAGGAAAGUAUUAUUUUUUUCUUAAUUAUAUUUUAUUGCCUUUCGUGUAGUAUAGUAAUAUAUAUUUUAUGUAUCUUUUGCAGUCUUCUCCCAAAUUAAUUAGUCUAUAUAAUAUGUGCCAAUGUAGACAAAAUAGUUACUGUGGAUAUUCAAAAGAUCUGUUCUUCAAACAAUAUCGCUUACUGGAAUUAGGUACAAUAUGUUAGAUAAGAUUGUAGUGGUUAUUUACCCUAAUUACUUUGUCAUAUGCACUUAAGAAGGUCAGUUAUUAUUUUAAGAAAAAUACUACAUGUGUGCCAAGAGGAACAGUGUUUGUUAUAUGGGGAUAUUGUUAUACUUUUAGAAGAGUUUAGUAUGUUACUUUUUAUUUUUGUUGUCAUAAACAUCAGUUGGUUUUUAAAGCAAAGCACUUUUAACUGAAAGUUUGACUUGAUCUGUAACCAGUAGGAAAUUUAGAUGGUUUUAUUCAAGUUAUUCUAUUUUAACUGUGAUGGCUGUUAGAUAUUUGCUUGGAAUUAAGUAAAAAAAAAAUUUGGUUUACUGUUUGGUAAUAAAUCAAAAGUUUAUGGUAUCUGAUACAGCGGAAUCCAUGACACAUACCAUUCCCAUGUUAAAAGUAGACUUACGAAGUCUUAAUUUAAGAAUUGUAGACUUAAAACACUUGGUUUAAGGGACCUAUCUUGUAGCAAUUAUUUUAUUUUGCUUUUAUAUUUUUUUAAUUUUCAUGAGCAACAAGCAUAGUGACCUGGCCGAGGAUAUAAUUGCUGAAGUAUUUCAGAAUUAUUGUAGAUGAUGUUUCAUACUUGGAUCCUUUUAUACAUGUAUAUUACAGUAUUGCUUUUAAUUCAUGAACAAAGGGGAAGUAGUAUAAACCACGAAAGUAGGGAUAUGUUUCUAUCAUGAGGUCAUUCAUUAUUUCACAUGAGAAAUUAUAUGCAAAGGUACUGUUGUAAAAUUAUUUGACCUUAAUAUAUUUGUGAUGAUCAUUGUGUAUGCAUUGCAAGCAUUGAUCUUUUAUUGGAUGUUGAAGAUUUUUAAAAAUCCUUUUGGGAUAUUGGGGACCUAUUGUUCGAUACUCCUACCAAUCAUUCAGGCACAUCCCUUGCCUUCACCUGCUUUCUCCCAAACCAGCCCUGUGAGAGCUAAGAAUUUUGACUCACUUUUAGAUUUAAACUUAUGCUAAUAUUCCCAAAGUCACUUUUCUGUUUUCUACCUAUCUCUACAUGACCAUUUACCUAUAUUGUUAAAUGCCAUUGUAACUUACCUUUUGUUAUUGUGGACAAAAUAAAUUUCAAUGUCUGGCAUUGAGUGGAUGAAGGUCAUUACUAAUUGAUUCUGCAAAUAUUCCCUGAAAUCUGACUCACUGCAUUGUUACAAAUUUUUCACAAGAUUUUAGGGGCAAGAUAUUAUUAGAUGUUACGUACAUUAUUUGCUUCAUGGUAUUGCAAUGUGUUCCAGGCUGUUAUCUCACUAUGGCAUAUUGUGUAAAGAUGAAAGUAAUAUAGUAACAAAUUUUUUUCACAUGAAUUCAAAAAAUUAUUAAAACAUUUUGGAAAACUUGAUAUCAGAGUUGCAUAAUAAAUAGUUCAUAAUACAGUAUUUCAGGUUAUUUUUGAAAUAUUUUUAGUUACGCAUUAUUAUUACUGUACAGUAUUCUGUAUCUUAUUCACUGUUAGAGACUGCCUGGCAGCAUAAAGGAUAUUCAGAGAUUUUUUAACUAAUGACAUAUGGAAUGCUUCCUAAGUAAACCUUCCACAUAACAGUAUUAUGCAUACAAACACAAUCAAAUUUUCAUUUUUCAAGUCGGUUACAACUUUGCAAUUAAACAAGUUACUUGAACUAUAUACUGUAACAUGCAAGUAGUGAGUUUGUCUGCUCAGAAACUCCUUUUCUGAAUCUUCCUUGUCUCUCCAAUUCAGGGUGGUUUGUUCGAUUAUUUGUUGUAGGUAUCAAUGUAGAAGUGAACACAUUUGUUGUAGGUAUCAGUUUAGAAGUGAACACAAGUCUCAUUUCAGAAUCAUAGGAUCCCUGAGAGUCGGAAAUGUUCUUAAAUGACCAUUUAGGCAAACAAUAAAGGAACACAUAAGUAGUAAUUGGCAGAUAGCAAUAUUGGUGGGGCCAAGGGUCACUAAAAGAACUUUCAGUGCCACUUAGUGUGCUGCUGCCAUGUAGGUGGUACCCCCUCCCCACUGGGUGAAGAGUUUAUCAAGUUUAUUUUUAAGUGUAUAUGCAUUUAUUAAAGUUUGUUCAAUAUAAUUUUCCCCAUGUCAUGUACCUGUAUUAGCAUGUAAUACUUUGUUAAGCCUUUUUUUUUAUUGUUCAUUACAGUAUUGUAUUUUUAAAGUAACCUAAACAGUUACAAUAAUCAUUUUAUGAUUAUUCUCUCAACUGUAAAUCAUAUGUUUUUUAUUCUGUGAAUAUUUUAUGAUAUAAAAUAAGAAUUUAUGACUGUUAGGAUUCAUAGUUCUUUAAAAACAUUAUGUAACCUUCACUUAUUAUACAUAGAAUUUUGUUAACUGACAUUUGUGACUUAGCUUUGUAAAAGUAUCAAUUCAAGGAAGAUGAAGUGAAAAUGAACUGUCAGAAUUUAUGCUGAUGAUACAUAUACAUUUCCAUAUAAGUUUAGUUCUAAAACCCUUACCUAGAAGUUUUUAUGCUUGACAGUAAUGUGGUAUGUUAAUUUGGGACUUGCUGAUUUCAAUUUUAGAAAUUUUGUUUUAACAUUCCAGCUGAAAGGAAGAAGCAUUCCACAGCAGGGUAAGCUCUGUUGCCAAUUUCUUUAUAUAUUACGAUAAAGAAGACUGUAUUCUUUAAAAAGAUAACAUCUUUGCUACACUCUUGGUCUUCUGGUCAGAGUUAAGCAAAUUUUGGUUUGAUAGAUAAAUUCCAGGCUUGCUUUACUACUGGUAUCUUAACUAUCUAAGUUAAGCAGCAUUAUGUCCAAGUCAUUUUUGAAAUAGGUGAACAUCAGUGAAUGCUGGAUAACAUUGGUGCAAAAGUAAAUACUUGAAACUUACAACAGACCUUAGUAAUCUGGUGUGACUGGGAAGUAGUUGCAAUGAAGAUUGUAACAGAGUAAGAAGAUUACUAUUCUAAAACCAGUGAAAAGGGAGAGCCAGGAAUAAUUACUGUUGAAGAGAAGCAUCUGUUCAUAAUUUGUGAAUUAUCCAGUCCUUUAUUUUUAUUUAUUGUAUAUACACUAUCCACAUGUUAAAUUGUUGUUGAGAUACAUUUACAUUUUGGCAUAAAGAGCAGUAAUUUUUUCCAACGGAAAUUCAAACCAUUGCCUUUUACAAUAUGUAUCCUUAAGCACGAGCUGGAAGAGUCAUUGAACUUAGUAAUGGUAGUUAACUCAUGGUGAGGGGGAGGGGUGGUGGAAUACCCCCCUUUGCUCACUGACAAAGCCACUUUUCCUUGAGCUGCUGUACAGCACAGGUGUGCUCCCAAGUCUCCAUGUGGUUGUUGGACUAGCUGAGUAGCUUGCUUUCCUCAUUUCUUGGCAUUUAAUUCUUUUUUUUGUUUUGCUAAAUUUUUUCCCCUCCCCCACUUGGUCUUCCUUUUCUUUGUAGAAAACCACAAGUAACAUGGGUACAUGGGGUUUGAGGAUGCAGGUGGUUGCUUCAUGCCACCAUAUUGGUAGACUUAUAAAUAUUGCUAAUUUUUAAGGAUAAGAAUGUAAUAUCUUUCCCAUUAUGUAUGUGCAAUGGCUCUCUUCCCAGUGAGAAGUCAAGUGCUUCAAAAAGAGAAAGUAACAGGUGGUCACCAGCUUCUGACACCACUUAGGUGACACACUGCUGUUGUCACGUUAUGUGCCAUAGCUUCUCCAUCAUCUGCAAGACAGGGAAUACUGAUUGCAGUAGCUGAAACUAUGGCAGAUGUUUACAUAUCUCUUCCAGACUAGCCCUUUGAUGUGGAAGACAAUUCCAGAAAAAAGGAGGAAAUGUUCAUCUUCCUUCAUGCCCCCUGACUCACAUCCUCCACUUACAAGAAGGAAAUGUGGAAGUCAAGCAUCAUGGAAAAAAUUCAAGAGGACAUCUCUUACAUUCUCUUCCUUGUUGCAGGUAAACAUAAAUGUCAAAUUGGUUGCCUGUGAUCAUCAUACCUUUGCCAAGGCCAUUGACUCUACACAUUGCCCACUUAGAAAAGACUCAUCCCUUCCAUGUGUACCCUCGGAUUUAACUGGGAAGGGUCACCACAUCCCCUUCAUUCUUCCUGUACUGGGUCCGUUAACCAGUUGUGUUUUGCAGCUCAGGGUAGACGGACUUGCAAUCCCCCCACCCCAGACACAGACACAAACACACAUCAUUAAGGAGAUGCAGAAGAGCAGACUUGGGAAACCUGUUUGGUUUAAGCAUGCAGUCUCUCCAGACUACACAUGUUCUAGCUACAGGACAGGUUACUUCCUCUGCUCUCUCUGAGGGGGAGACCAGCUUAUCCUACUCCUAAUCGCUCUGCAUGUUGCUCUUUUCAGAUCUGAACUACCACUUUUCCCUUGAGUGCAAGAUACAGAUGUGCUAGCACAGUGAUAGGCUGGCCAUUCUUUAUGGCUAUUGGUUGAGUGGCAUCCAGUGCUGCUGACUCUUGAUUGAAGGUCUCCCUCAAGUCAAUGUCAUUUCAGCAGGUCAUGGACUCGGUGUUCACCCUUGCUGAGGCUAUCUGCUGUCAGGCUUUCACCCACAAGUCAGUCUUCAGUCUGAAGACCUUGGAUUUCCCCUCUUGGUGGGGUUAUCAGUACUAUACAGGUCAUAUAGGACUUUUUCUCCUUUGACAGUGUUGUUCUUUAAAAUGGGAAGUAAACCAUUCCUUUGCAGCCUAAUCCAAGCGCUAUAAUAGCUCUUAGACAAAGCAUUAGUCAAGAGUUCUGUAACAGGACAGUCCAUUUCAUCAACACAGUCUCAGUGAAGAGGAUAAGGGAGCAUUUUGUGGUGCUCUCUCUCUCUCUCUCUCUCUCUCUCUCUCUCUCUCUCUCUCUCUCUC